AACUAUUUCGACACAAUGGAGCAGCUAAGGACGGUGGAGUUUUCCCGCUGCAUUUUUUCGGAUGAAGACCAGAUCGUCCGGACCGAGCUGGAUACGUUCGUAGACGCCUCUGAGGAGGCCUGUGCCGCUGUAUGUUUUAUCCGCAAUGUCUACGGUGACCACCGAGUGAUCGUGCGUUUCAUCAAGGCAGUGACCAAGUUAGCUCCGUUAAAAACAGUGUCCGUGUGCAAGUUGGAACUGAACGCUGGUCUUCUUGGAGCGCGUUUGGCCCGUUUCGUGGAAUCUUCAUUGACCCGGAAGAUAGCAGCGCGUCGUUUUUGGACCGAUAGCAGUACCGUGCGCAAUUGGGUUCGGGCGUUGUCCGGUGACUACCAGAUUUAUGUGAGCAACCGUAUUGGCGAGAUCCAGACCCUAACGGAUCCUUCGGAGUGGCGUUUCGUUUCAGGGGUGCUAAACCCAGCAGAUGCUGCGACCCGCUCUCAACUGGGUGACCGGGCAAUCCCAGCGUGGUGGUUGGACGGACCACCCUUCUUGUAUCAAGAGGAGACGGCCUGGCCCCAAGACCUCCCCUGGACCAUGGAGAAGGCGGAGAUGCGUGGGGCCCGCGCCCAUUUGAGUGAUGUUGUGGCAGAGACAAUAGUGCCAUUUGACUGGAAGACGGUGAAGAUAGCUGCCGGCGACGUGCCCACUCUCAUUAGGUUAGAGAAUGACUAUCUCGAUCUUGUCCGACGGUGCCAGCGGGAGACCUAUCCUGAGGAGAUUAGCAGACUUGAACGUGGAAAGGCGAUCCGUCCUACAUCAACCUUACAGCCCUUGACCCCCUUUUUGGAUAGAGCGCUCUAUCCCGUGCUGGACAAGGAGAUGAACGGGCAGCGUAAUCCAAGUGAGGAGAUUCUUCGGACGCUCCUGUUUGAAGUGUCGGGACUGCUCAAUUCCCGCCCACUGACUUAUGUCAGCUCAGAUGCUGACGAUAUUCGGCCCUUGACGCCGAACGAUUUUUUGAAUCGCCCCCAAUUGCGGAUCUACCGGCGGGAGAGUUCUCUCGAGCCUUGCCACGGGACCACUACCGGUACGUUCAACGGAUGGCUGACCGCUUCUGGGAGCUGUGGCAUGGAGCAUUCCUACAGUCCAUGA